GUUUAAUUAAUUUAGGGUAAUUAUAUUUUACAGUGCCUAAUUCCGAGUACUUUAGUUUGUAUUGGCAUGAUUAUGAAGUUAGUGGUAGAGGCCACCCUAAACUAUGGGAUAUAUGAGCUGUUGAUUUUUAUAGUUUAGAUAAGAUGUCUAGGAUAGAAAUCGAUUCAAUGGCUAGAAAGCUAGGAAUGAAACCUAAAACAAAGAUUAUUAUGUGGAAGGAUCCUACAAAGAGUAUGAAUGAUAUAUUAAGAAGCCUUGAAACUGAUAGUGAUGCUUUAAAAAUGGCAAUGUCUGUGGAGGAUUAUAAAUUGAUGCAUAUAUUUAGUAAGGAUAAGUUUGAAAAAAUAGAAGAAGCUGGAGAAGAAGUUGAGGAACCACAUGCUAGUGAAGAGGCUGUGAAGAAUAUGUCUGAGAUGGAAGGAGAGGAAGCACAAAAUGAACAAAAUAUGGAUGAUGAAAGCUGUAAGGAUAGUGAGAAUAGUGAUGCAGAUUCAGAGAACAGUGAGUUUGUGGACUUUGAUUAUGACCUGUUGGAUGAAAAUGUUGAUGAUGAUGCCAUGUUUGAUAAGUUUGUUGAUAAGGAGCUUGAGAGGGACAGACCAUCUGGAUCUAGAACUGUUAGGCAACCUACUGAGGAGUUGUCUGAAGAAACAGAUGCCAUAAUAUAUGCUCCAUCAGAUGAGCUGUUGUCAUGCUCCUCAACUGAAGACAGUGAUGCAAAUUCAAGGUAGCAUAGGUGGCCUGUGUUUAAUGAGGAUACUGACAUGGCGAAUCCCAGCUUCAAGAUUGGAAUGCUAUUCAGUUUCUUUAAACAAUUCAAGGAUGUUGUUAAGAGCUCAUCAAUCAAAACUAGAAACAAGGUAAUAUUUGGUCCAAACAAGGCAGAAAUGCAAGGCUAAAUGCAAGAAAAGAUGCCAGUUCUUCAUUUGGGCUUACCUGAUGAACAUAGACAAACAAACAGUGCAGAUCAAGUCAGCUUCUUUCACUCAUAACUGUUCAAGAGAGGCAUACAAUAGGCAUAUUAAUGCCAAAUGGAUAGCUCAACAUUAUGUUGAAAGGUUCAGAGCUGAUCCCAGUUAGGCAAUUCAAGGGAUCAUACAAGCUGUAAAAGAAGACUACAGUGUUGAUGUGUCCAGAUUUAAAGCAUGGAGAGUUAGAAAUGCUGCUUUAAGAUUUAUCAAUGGUAAUGAGACAGAACAACUUUCUAGACUUCAUGAUUACAAGCUAGAACUGUUGAGAAGAAAUCCAGGAAGCACUAUAGUUUUUGAUUUGAAUGAAGGUAUUCUUAACAGUAUGUAUGUGUGCUUUGCUGCAUUGAGGGAAGGAUUUAAGUUUUGUAGGUCUUUCAUAUCUUUGGAUGGGUGUUGGCUGAAAGGAGUAUUUGGAGGACAGCUUCUUACAACUGUUGCUUUAGAUGCAAAUGACUGCAUCUAUCCAAUGGCAUGGUAUAUUGUGCAGAAAGAAAACAAGCAAUACUAGAAAUGAUUUUUGGAGCUGCUGGCUGAAGAUUUAGGGAUAACAAACAGUUAUCAUUGGGUGCUCAUGACUGACAGGCAGAAGUAGAGUGGUCUGGAGGUGAGAAGUUUCAAGUGGUUGGCCUAGGGGGAUAGUGUGUAGUUGACAAACAAGAAAUGACAUGCACAUGUAGGAGGUGGGAUCUAACUGAAAUACCUUGUUGUCAUGUUGUAUGUGCAAUUUGGUAUAACAAUGAAAAUCCUGAAUUUUAUAUACAUGACUACAACAAGGUUAAAACAUACCUAAAAUACUAAAGUCAUUUGCUUAACCCAACUACUAGUAAAGAAUUUUGGCCCAAGGAAACUGCCCUACCAGUCUUACCCCCCCAACCAAUCAAACCUA